AAAUUAAAGUCAAUAAAAUUAUGUAAAAUAAAAAUAAAAAUUAAAAAACAGACUUUCUCAGUCUCGCGUGGCCGUGACCAUCACUGACUCCGGCGAUUGUCCCGACCAGUCCGGCCGUCAGUCUCACUUCUCUCAACCUCACACUCUUGCACGGCGCAUUCACUGCCGCCCCUGCAAACGGAAAAGUACCAGAGAAUUGCGUCGCAGUAGAUCACCGCACCGCGAUUUCCAGAUUGGGUGCUAAAGCGGUGCGGGAAUGGGAAUUAGUAAAACAGAAGUAAACUUGAAGAGAUUGCUUGCAGCCGCUCCUCAGCAGCAAAACCAGGCAAAACUUGUACAUUAUGUUGCUACUUUGCGUGAACUACUGGAACAAUUGGCUGAAGAGAAGACACCAGAAAGCUUGCCAAGGAUUUCAAAGGCUACGUUGAAUGAUUAUUCAGAGAAGAUUGAAGCCAUUGCUUCCAAAUUGGUUCAUGUGUCUGAAAUAGAAGUAUCUGAGAAGGACAUUGAAAGAAAUGUUAAAGAAAACCCUUCUGAAAUUGAGGAAAAAACGCCGAUGUCGCCUUCUUCUGGAUUGCGAAGAAGGCCUGUAGCUGCCUCAAGUACUGAAGAUAGAGCACAUGAGCCUUCUGAGACUGAUCACUCAUCAUCUGUUAAACUGGAUGCUGCAGGACACGCACAUAUUGAAAAACACAGAAAGCUUCAAGAUGAUUUGACGGAUGAGAUGGUGGUGUUGGCAAAACAGCUCAAAGAGAGUAGUCUUAUGAUGAGCCAGUCUGUGAAAAAUACCGAAAAGAUACUUGAUUCUACUGAGCAUGCCAUUGAACAUAGCUUGGCAAGCACAGGUCGUGUCAAUGUGCGAGCAAACACAAUAUACUCAGAAAGUUCCAAGACUUCUUGCUUAACGUGGCUUGUGAUGUUUGUAAUGACAUGUGUAUUUGUCAUGGUUAUUCUUCUAAUCCGUGUCACAUAGGGUGCAGUUAACAUUUCAUGUGGUAAAUUAAAUUACUUUAAGCAUAGUUUUUUUUUUUCUUUCCAUAAUGUAAAUUUUCCUUCUAUUAAGAUAUUUACAUUUUAUAGACUUUUUUAACAAUCA